AAAAUCAAUUUCAGUAUUAUCUAAAUCAUCUUGUUCUUCUUCAAAUUCCUCUUCAAUUAAUAACUCUUCCUAUUCAUUGAUAGCAGUGUCCCAAUCAGUUUCUAAAAAAGUAUCUUUAUUUUCACCAUCAUUAGCAUCAGUUUCUUCAGAAGUUGAAGAGAUAACAGGAACAGGAUUGACAGAAGAGGAAGGAUGUUGUGAUUGA